AUGGCAGACCUUGUGCUUCUUGAAGAUUUGCAACAAUCACUUUUGCGCAGAGAUCGCGUUUUCAGGGACCGCACAGACUUAAUCGCUGAGAGUGAUGAGUGGCUCAUUAGUCAUUUUCGUUUGCCAAGGGCAAUUUUGCUUGAUUUGUGUCAGCAGUUCUCGCAACUUUUGGAGAGGCUGACAAAGCGCACAAGUGCAGUCCCUGUGCACACUCAGGUUCUUUCUACUAUUGGCUUUUUAGCCACAGGCACAUUUCAAAGAGAAAUUGGUGACAGGUCUGGUAUUUCUCAACCCACCGUGAGCCGAAUUAUGCCACAUGUUUUACAUGAAAUUAUAUCAAUUACAUCACAGUACAUUACGUUUCCAAAUACCGCAGCGGAAAGGACAAAAAUUAUGACCGAUUUCUAUAACAUCGCAGGAUUUCUAAGUGUAAUAGGGGCAGUUGACUGCACACAUGAUGACUUGAAAGCUCCAACUGUUGAUGAAUUUGCAUUUGUAAAUAGAAAAGGCUAUCACUCCAUUAACAUGCAGAACAGCAUCGUGGAACUUCGUCUUCAGCAAAGCGCUGCUGGAGAAGGCUGGCUUAUUGGGGAUCUAGGAUAUGCCCUUAAAUCCUGGCUGAUGACCCCAGUGGCAAACCCUGUAUCUCAAAAGGAGCUGAAUUACAACCGUGCACAUGAGCGCACAAGAAGCACAGUUGAACGUGCAAUAGGCUUGCUGAAGGCUCGAUGGCUGUGUCUGUCAGGCAGAGGAGGCAUAUUUCAAUACAAACCCGAUAAGGUAAAGGGGGAAGGGUUUUCUGGCACACAAGGUACAGAGAAUCUUCUAUUCAGGAACUCAAGAUGGCUGCUACAUCAUGACAUCAAGGAUGAAGCUCAUGUAGUAUGA